AUGGAGGUACUAGCGGUCGUCGCCGCAUGGGCCUUCGCCUCCCUGUCGAGUAGCGUACCCGGAGGCCCACACCUGCCCGGAACAGUCGCGACGACCGUGUCGCAUUUCACCUCGCUGCUUUCUCCAAAUGCGUCGAUACACUUCCGGGGGUCCGAGGCCUUUCACAACUCGACGCUUCGUUGGUCGGCCUACGAGAAGCCCGAGUUCCUUGUUGCAGUCGAGGUUGCGACUGAGCGCGAUGUCCAACAGGCGGUGAGACUCGCCAACGCGCUGCAUCUGCCAUUCCUAGCCACGGCCGGUGGGCACGGUGGGAUUGCCUCUCUGGGUCAAAUGCACCAUGGCGUCCAGAUCAACCUGCGACAGCUCAACUCGGUCGAGAUACAGGACGACGGCAGGAGCGCCGUUAUGGGAGGCGGAGUCUUGACGAAAGAAGUGACCGACGCCCUGUGGGCCGAGGGGAAACAGACUGUCACCGGUCUCUGCGAAUGCACUUCGCUGCUUGGCCCUACCCUCGGCGGCGGCCACGGCUGGCUGCAAGGGCGCUAUGGCCUGGGCAUCGAUAACAUCCUCGAAGCCAACGUUGUGCUUGCCAAUGGGUCCCUUGUCACCGCCUCGUCUGACUCGCAUCCGGACCUGUUCUGGGGCCUCCGAGGUGCUGGGCACAACUUUGGAAUCGUCACCGCUGUCAAAUACAAGAUCUACGACGUCCCUGAGGGCAACAUCUGGACCCUGGGCACGUAUGUGUUCACGCAGGACAAACUGGAGCCUUUGUUCGAGCUCUUCAACGAACUAGGGGCUCAAGGCAAGGUUGAGCUGCUGACAUGGGCAUACUUCCUGUCGCUGCCGGAUGUUGAUCCGAACAAUGCUUCGAUCACAGCAUAUCUCGUGUACGAAGGCAGCGAGGACGAGGCAGCGCCCUACCAUGCUAUGUUCAUGGCUCUGGAGCCCGUGAUGGCUACGACGACCCCCGCCGAGUUCCCCGAGCUGCCGGGGCUCACAUAUCAAGAUCUGGCCUCGAUUGCGUGCCUGCAUGGCGGUUACAGCGCGGUCCGGUUCCCUGUGAGCACUACGGAGUACAACAUAGCUGCCCAUCGUGCAGCGUUCGACCUGUUCAGCGAAGCAUUACAAAAGCACCCCGGGCUGAACAACUCGUUCUUCAUCAGCGAGGGCUACACUCUGAAAGGCGUCCAGGAAGUCCCCGAGGAGAGCACGGCGUACCCGGACAGGUUCAACAGUAUCUUGCUAUCACCCAUCUUGAUCUACUUUGACUCGUCCCUGGACGAAGAGGCCCUCAAGGUCGGCAAGGCGCUCCGAAAUGUGUUGGUGGGCGGUACGGAGUCGAAGAAGCUGUACGCAUAUGUCAAUUACGCGACGGGUGACGAGAGCGUCGAGGCGAUGUAUGGCUACGAGGAGUGGCGGAUCAGCAAGCUGCGGGCUCUGAAGGCCAAGUACGACCCGGCCAACGAAUUUCGCUUCUAUGGUCCUAUCGUACGUGCCCGAACUGGCUCUGCCGCUGGUCUACACCCUCUCUGCACCCAGCAGCAUGCGGCUGCGGGAGCCAUCGCCCUUCCCCAGCGCGCAGCACCAGGUCUGCAUCUCCCCCCAGAUCGCAGUGCCAUGGCCGAUCCCCAGCAAUCCGGCAAGCCUCACCAUGACACCAUGGAUCUCGACGACCUGCUCAAGACGGCCGCUACCAGCGAGCCCGCCGCUCUCCAGUGCUGCUGCGGGCGCCCGGACUGCUCCGUCUUGAAGCACAAUUGCUCAGUGCUCGACAGCGUCGAGAAGGAUGUCUACACGGCCGCUUCGAUGGGCAAGGUACGUGAAUGCAUGCGUGGUUCACCUCGUCCUCUUGACACCCGCCACCCCGCUCCCUUUCUACGUUAUCUCGGACCCCUCUUGCUUCCAUUUUUCAGCUCGCCUUGUCCUGUCCUGGCUGUCCAUGUGCCUCUGCUGCGGGCCCUGAUCGUUGUCUCUCGGCUUCCGCUAGGCGAGCAUUCCAACCGCUGGCGCAUGGCACAACACAUCAUACCCUACCCUUCUCGUCUCUCUCCCAGAAAAAUAUUCGCGUCUGCUGGAAUGCCGACUCGCCAUAGACCCUUGUUUCUCUGCAACGCUCCUCCAGCAGCAGCAGUAGCAGUCGCAGCAUCAGCACCUCCAGCAGCCAUGGAGUGCGAUGCGCUGCCUUCGGCCGAUCCGGCACCCUCGCUGACAUUUGCCUUGCAGGCUCUCCUCGUCCGGUACAAUGCCUCUGUGGCCGAUGCCGAGCGCGACCGCAGCGAGCUGUCCGCCCGCAUCGAGCAGCUCGAGAUGGACAAGAAGGAGCUCGAGGCCGAGAACGUCCGCACCGUCGCCGAGAACAGGGCCCUCCUCGACCAGCUCGAGACUCUCAACACCACCGUCGCCGACUCGGACGUGCGUAUCAAGUCCCUCGAAGCCACCCUGCACUCCUCGCAGCUGGCCGUCCGGAGGUUAGAAGGCGCCUCGCAGCGCGCCGAGGACAUGGAGGGACACCUGGCGCUGCUGGAGCAGGAGCAGGCGGCGCUGCAGCGCACUCUGCUCGACACCGAGUCGGAAAGGCGCUCGGCCAUGUCGCGGUGGAAGAAGGCGGAGCGCGGCAUAUCGGACCUCCAACAGCAGCUCGAGCGCAUGGAGAAGGAGGCCAAGGAGGAGCGCGAGCGUCACGUCGAGCUGAUGGGCAAGGUGGAGAGGCAGCGCGCCAUGGAGAAGGAGCUCAACACCGCCGCAGGUCGUCUCAAGGGCGCGGCUGCCGCCAAGUCGAUGCAGGACGGCAAGAGUGGUAGCAACGUCGUCUCGCACUUUGUGCGCGACUUGCUGCAGGACAAUGCCAACCUCCAGGUCGGGCUGGCCGAGAUGCGCGAACUGCUCAUGAACUCGCACGACGAGAUCCAGAUGCUGCGCGAACAGCUCAUGCUUCACCAGCCCGUCGAAGAAGAGCCUGACGUCAGCGCCGCCUCAACUCUGCGGGCUGAGCUGGACACCGUUGCGCCCACGCCACAGUCCACUCCGACCAAACAUGCGACGCAACACUCGCCGUCGCUAUCGCAGGAACUGCAUAUCCACCACCACUACCACGUUGCCAACAAGGGGGACAAGUCCCGAAAUCGCAAAAAGAGACAAAGCCUCAACCCUGGCAUAUUCACACACCCUGCCGCACCCUCGUCGCCGCAAUGGAGGAAUCAGCAGCGCUCUCCUGCGCCUCUUUUCAGGACUCACAGAGCCAAAGACUCGGCAUCCACUGGCCCGUCGCACCGGUGGUCUGUCUUCUCCGAGCAGCCCUCGGAUUUCGCGUCCUCUGUGCCUAGCUCACCGCUAUCCAAUCCCCGGCACUCCAUGUUCGACCGCGGGUUCAUGGACGGUUCUCUGCCAGGGUCUCCCACUACCAGUGUGGACCCCAUGUCCCCGACCUGGAACAUGUCUCAUCAACGACAGUUUUCAGAUCUCUCGGCGCGAGCAUUCCCUGGCAAUCCGCCCCUCUCAGAUAUUGCUGGCUCAUGCCCGGCAGCCGAACAACAUUCGACGGGCGUAAACGAUCCUCACCCGCUAGCCCUGCCGAUUGAUGCCGACGAGCCCACAUCGGAAGACCGCGAUGAGGAGGCUGAAGAAGCCGGGGAGACCGAGGAACCAGACCUCGUUUCCAAUACGACAGCAACCGAAGAGUCACUCGAACGCACCGACAACACACCAACCGUGGCGCCACCCUUCGUGUUUCCCAAUAUCGAUGCAGCCCUCCACCAAGACGCCUUUUCUGAAGACUUUUCUGACGACCCCGUCUUCACACCUACCCGCAGCGCCAGACCAACACUGCACCGCGCCAUGUCCCACGAGUCGAUUCUCUCGUUGUCUGGCGGCCUUGACAUCCACACCUUGAAGUCCCGACCCAGUCAGAUGACGUUGCGGCCGAUCGGAGCAACCACGGCCGACACUGGACUGUCUGCGAUCACGGCCCAACCCACCAUCUCUGUCGGUACAGUCAACGGCAAGCGAGGCAGCAUGUUCUUAAGGGACAGUCUUUCCGACGCCGGUAUGGGGCUGCCCAUGCCUAGAACACGGAUCGCGUCUGGUCCUAGUACGCCUCCUACUCGUGCCAACGCCGAAACGCCUCAGCGCGCGGCUUCCAGCGGGCUCAAGCUCGGGCGCUUCGUCUCUUGGCGCCCGUGGGGAAACAGCAACAGCAGCACCACGGCCUCCCCGUCCACAUCAACCAUAAAUGUAGAGGCUAGUACCACUCCUCAGCCACGUCGCUCUAAGACGCCGACCCCGACGCCCACGUCUGCCAAAUCGGCAACGCCGGCCGAGAUUGGUCUGAGAGACUUUUCGCGUGCGUCUGGCAUCAACCAGCCCGGCUCGAUACCUGGGUUCUACGAGUACUGGGCUGCUCACCAGCGUUUGAGAGCGCCGCCGAGCAAGGUGCUGCCUGACGUUGUCGAUCAGGACGCAUUACGGGAGGGCCUGGAGGGUCUCUGA